CUUGCUCUCUCUCUCUCUCUACUUUUCUCUCUCUUUCUUCCUGUCUCUACCUUUCUCCCUCUCCCUUUGAGGAAACGGUGUUUGGCAGCUCCGCCAUCGUUUCCUCAAAGGAAAGUGUGUUCUCUCAUUCUCUUCUGUUGUGGCCUGAAUCGGAGUGUCGGAAGCCAUGGGAGUUGAGCUCAGGAACGGAGAAGCGGGCUUUCAUGAGCUCGACGAUGCCGAUUUCACCGAUUACGACUUGGUCUAUCACGUCAGAGAUGCCCUCACUUCCGUUUCCAUGGGUGAUAGUGACAAGUACAACGAGCUUGUUGCAGUUAUGCACCACAGGGGACCUCUUGCCCCUGAUGAAGUGGCUCUGCUUGUGACAAGUUUGAAGGCAUUGUCCGGGGCAGUUUCAUAUAUUGAUAGUGUUCUACACGAGUCACUUCUUUCUUCAAUAUUUUCCAUGAACAUGUGGAAUUACAGGCCGGAUGUAAUGGAUGCGUUGCUUGAACUUAUCAUUUCCUUGGCUGCGUCAAAUGGAACAUAUAUAGAUUCGUGUUUGGACAUGCUUGUGGGCAAUUUCACGCCCCCAAAUUAUUUCACAGAUAUGCUGAAGCAACCACGAGGUAUUGCUAGAAAGGACCAAGUUCUAUCUCGUGUGCAUUCAUCUCUCAAAGUUCUAGCUGAUUUGGUGCCCCUUUCUCCCAUGAGAUUGUUACCAAUAAUAAUACAGAGAAAGCCACACUACUGUUCUAAGGAAAUUAUUCUUGUUAUUUAUGUGGAAAAUAUGUUGAAAUUAGAAAGUGGUAUUUUUGGUGAACUUGUUGGGAGCGCGAUGCUUUCAGGGUUGGUGGAUUUGUUGCUAGAUUUGGAUGUGGAGAUUGGGUGGGAUGAUAUCUUACAAGAUGAAUCUGCCAAAGGAAUUUUUAGUAUGGAGCUUGAAGACGUCGAUGAGGAUAUAGAUGAUGAAUUGAUGGAUGGUGGUGAGCUUCCAAGAGAACUUAGCCGGAAAAGUUUGGUGGGAAAUCUAUUUGCUCGGAAAUUGGAUAGCUUGAUGGUGUUGAUAUUUGAGCAUCUUGAAUCCUGUGAAGUUGGUCGUCGUUUAGUUGAGGUCUUUGAGACUCUUCUCCAACCAUUUCAGAAGACCGUUCUGACUGCAUAUAAGUCGAAGUUUUCCCAGUUUGUAAUGUUCUAUGCAUGUGCUUUGGAUCCGGAAAACUGUGGUGUCAGAUUUGCAAAUAUGCUUGGGGAUACUUUUAUUUCUAAUUCCCACCCACCACUUUUGAGGAUGAGUGCCGUUGCUUAUCUUGCUAGUUAUUUGUCUCGUGGAAAGUUCCUAUCGACCUCUUUGAUUGCAGAUACGUUGAAAAGGUUGGUGGAUUGGUGUUUGGAUUAUUGUACGAUUCAAGAAGGUGAAAUAAACCCAAAAGCUCAUAGAAUUUUCUACUCUGGAUGCCAGGCCAUCAUGUAUGCACUGUGCUUCCGUAUGAGAUCAAUCAUGGGUGUUCCUUGGUUCAAAUCACAGCUUCUCAUGCCUAUAAACUUAAUUUUGUCACAUAAAUUGAGCCCCCUGAAGGUUUGCCUCCCUUCGAUAGUAACGGAGUUUCUACGACAAUCAAAAGCAGCAGGUUUGUUCAUUACAUCUGAGCGAUUCAAUUUUGAUGACUACCUGGAAUCCGAACUCUCUAAAGGUUUUGGUGGAAUGGAAAGGCUCGACAUGUUCUUCCCAUUUGACCCAUGUUUGCUGAAAAGAUGUGACAGUUUCAUCCGACCCUACUACGUUUACUGGUCGAUGGUCAGACCUACUUAUGAUGAUGGCCAAGAAGAAGGCAGCGAUGAAGAAGUUGACGAGGCACCCUUGGGUGGGAACACAAAAAGUCGUGAAGAUUUUGAUCUCGAUGAGUUUGACUCUGCAAUGAACCAAAUGUCCAUUACACCGAAGGACUCAUUAAAGCACCGGUUUGGGGCCGCAUUGAAAGAACCCUUGCGCAUGCCCUCAAGAAUCAGACCGUCCACAAGUCCCGAGUCUUUGUGAGUCCGAAACCUUCUCUCUAACAUUCUUUGCAUGGAAGUUAGCAGAAGUAGAUCUUCUAUGUCAUUGUUUUUGUGGAAGACUGUUGUUAUGCUGGCCAAAAGUCGGGUGGUAGCAUGAUUCUAGGCAAAUGGUGUUAAAAGUGCCUGGGGCGUUAGUUUGGCCUCUAGUUUUCUUGGUCUUUUGUAUCAUUGUAUUGUAACAUAUGAAAAUCACGUCUCAUGUAUCCCUUUUUAAUUUAUUUUAAUCAAAAGCAGAUUUUUAGAAUCUGGUCA